AUGGACCAGGGCCGUUCAACAGGUGCCCAGCAGCCUGAUGGGCUGCGAGAAAGAAAUGUCCCACGCCCUGAUUCAACUGAGGGCUGCGAUGCUCUAACUGCGACCGGCGAGUUGGAGGCCAAGGAUGAGGCCGGCAAGGACAAGAAGACUUUUGGUCGCACUCCAGAUGGAACGGUGUUCACAGUGCCUCAGACCCAUGAUAUGGUCUCACAGCUCUUGUCACCAUCGGAGCCCAAGAACAUGGGCGAUUUGGUGGUGAUAGCUCUGCUGGCUAUCCAUAUUCUGCUACUUUGGUAUCUGCCCGCUGGUGCAAAGAUUCCCGUCUUCGCUUUCAUCUACCUUUUCUGGCGGGCGGCGUACAAUGGUGGAAUCGGAUGGCUGCUCCACAACCAGUCGCACCACAAGACACUGAUCCGAUGGGCAGAGAAGACCAAGGUGUUCGUCAACCCGGCGACGGGCAAGAACCCUCACCCGGCUCUGUACAAUUGGAUCAAGAAAGAGCUUGAGUCCAAAAUUCCCAAGGAUUACUCGUUCGACAAUGCACCCCUUGAAUACAAUACCUGGCUUGUCUUUAGACGUCUAGUGGACUUGAUCCUGAUGUGUGACUUCACUUCUUACUGCCUCUUUGCGAUCGCAUGUGGUCAUCGUCCCGUGGGCGAGAGUAUCAUCAUGACCAUUCUCCGGUGGACGGCGGGCAUUGUGCUCGUUCUGUUCAAUCUCUGGGUCAAAUUAGAUGCGCACCGAGUAGUCAAGGACUAUGCCUGGUACUGGGGUGACUUUUUCUAUCUCAUCGAUCAAGAACUCACCUUUGACGGCGUCUUCGAGAUGGCUCCUCACCCGAUGUACUCCGUCGGAUACGCCGGUUACUACGGAAUCUCUCUGAUGGCAGCCAGUUACAAGGUCUUGUUCAUCUCAAUCAUUGCCCAUGCAGCACAAUUCGCCUUCCUCGUCCUCGUUGAGAAUCCACACAUCGACAAAACCUAUAAUGCGCCACCACCCCGAAAGCGAUCAGUCUGUGUUGAUUCGACCUCCAGCCUUCCCUUGGAACUGGACACUCCGAGAGCGCCAACUCCAUCCGACGACUUCGUCCCCAAUGCGACCUCCUCGUACUCGGCUAAGCCGCCUCCUUCUGUUCAUAAUCUUUUGGGCUUGAACAACUUGGAUCUACAUAGAACCACGGACUCGUCGAUCAUGCUUGUCCAGUUGCUCGUAUUUGCACUUACCGCCCUCACACCAUCCACACUGCGGUAUCGGCUUCUUUUCGUGGCUAAUGCUGUGGCGUGGCGGCUGUGGUACUCUGUAGGCAUCGGGUACCUGCUCAACAAACAGUCUCGCAACAAAGCCUGGACGCGACACUUCCUCAAGUUUGGUGAAACACCGCAAGAGGCGUGGAACCAAUGGAAGGGAACGUAUCACCUCAGUAUGAUUAUGUGCUACUCUAGCUUCAUUGCUGCUGCGUGGAAAAUGUACACGUUCCCGACCGACUGGGGCUAUGGUCUAGUCCUGUUCCGCCACGUUCUGGGUGCUGGUAUGAUUGGCUUGCAGAUCUGGACUUCGGUCAGCAUCUACGAUUCUCUCGGCGAAUUUGGCUGGUUCUACGGUGAUUUCUUUUUUGAUGAGUCGCCAAAGCUGACCUACGAUGGAAUCUAUCGCUUCCUCAACAAUCCUGAGCGAGUGUUAGGUCUCGCUGGAGUUUGGGGUGCCGUUCUCAUCACAAGCAGUGCCACGGUCACUUUCCUGGCCCUCCUGAGCCACAUUUUGAGCUUGUCUUUCAUCCAGUUUGUGGAGCGCCCUCAUAUGCAGAAGCUGUAUGGCCGUAGUCUCCGCCAGGAUGGUGGUGUGGUCAAGAACUUGAAGAAGUCCUUGCCGCCUUCUCUCAAGCAGCUCCAUGGAAGUGUUGAUAAAAUGUUCGACGACUCUUUUGAGUUUAUCGAAGAACUCCUCGACAAUGCUCGCCCGAAGCUCGCGGCUGGUGUCAACACCUUCGUCAAAGAUACCACCGCUUUGUUCCAAAAGUAUCCCGCUCGCAUCACCAUCUCCCGCAUUGACGCCGAUUUGGCUGGUUUGAACGUCUCUGACUACUCGCUAUCCGUUGAAGGCACUGAUGCCAAAUCUCUCGACGAGAGCGAGCAGGGCAAGGGUCGUGAGGGUGCCAACGCGCGAAUGCCGUUGGAUCGCCGAGGUGAUCUCAAGAACUUGACAUUCGAAUAUGGUGCUCCGAUUAAGGUUAAGUGGACAGCACCUCUCAGCCACAGCAAGAAGGACUGGGUCGGCCUCUACCGUGUCACCGACAACACCUCGCGAGAGGUUACUCGCGUGUCCUCACAGGGCCGGUGGAUUGCCACUAACGAGGGCUUCUAUGAUAACACGACUUGCGAGAAGGGUAUUGUCACCAGCGACGUGGUCAUUCGUUCCACCGAGCAGAAUAGCCGUGAGGGACACGACGUUGCCUCGGGCGAGAUCGUCUUUUCUGGCGACAAGCUCUUCUGGACACAAGGCACUUUUGAGCUUCGUUACCAUCACAACGGACUACACAGUGUCAUGGCCAUCUCCAGACCGUUUGAGAUCCGCAUCCGCCGCUUUGCCGAAGACGAUGUUCUCGUUGACAGCAAUGGCAUCGUGCAGACUGCCGUUGAGAACGCUCUGCUGCCAGUUGUCCGCAAUUGCUUCGAUCGAGACCCCGAGAUUGCGCCGGCGAAUGUCGAGGAGCAGUUUGGUAGUUUGGUCGAGCGAGAUGGCAAGUUUGCUAAACGAGUUGUUUUCGCCGUCCACCAGAUGUUCGGAGUUGAGUUGGCACCGGAGGUGGUCAAAGCCGAUGGCAAUGUUUUGAAUCUUGCCUGGAGAAUAUGUAACGCUAAGAAGGUUCUCGCCCCCUACAGCAUGUCCCGAUCAAAUGGCACCACAACGCCAGUCGAAGGGAAACAAUAG